GUCACAAGUCAUCAAAAAGCGACGCAUUCGCGUAGUUGAUAGACUUGAAUCACAACGUUUAGUUCUUUGAAGUAAAAUUCAUUUUGUUUUGUCAGAAAAAAAUUACGAAGAAAAAAAUUGAAUUAAAAUGCCGUACGCCAACACGCCAUCAGUGCAAAUUACGGAUCUCACUGAAGAAAACGUAAAGUUUGUGAUUGAAGACACGGAUCUCAGUAUCUCGAAUAGUUUGCGCCGUAUAUUCAUCGCAGAAACGCCAACCAUGGCAAUUGAUUGGGUACAAUUCGAAGCAAAUUCCACCGUUUUGGCCGAUGAAUUUUUGGCCCAUCGCAUUGGUUUGAUUCCAUUAAUUUCGGACGAUGUCGUCGAACAAAUGCAAAACACGCGUGAAUGUUCGUGCAUUGAUUUCUGCACCGAAUGCAGCGUUGAAUUCACAUUGGAUGUUAAAUGUGACGAGGAAAAUACUCGGCAUGUAACAACCGCUGAUUUGAAGUCAAGUGAUCCACGUGUUGUUCCAGUGCCCUCAAGAAGACGAGACGAAGAAGAAAACGAAUAUGGCGACAACAACGAGGAAAUUCUCAUCAUCAAACUGCGUAAAGGUCAAGAAUUGAAAUUACGUGCGUACGCAAAAAAGGGCUUCGGUAAAGAACAUGCCAAAUGGAAUCCAACAGCUGGUGUUUCGUUUGAAUAUGAUCCGGAUAAUUCAAUGCGACACACAUUAUAUCCCAAACCGGACGAAUGGCCAAAAAGUGAACACACCGAACUGGAUGAAGACCAAUUCGAAGCGGAUUUCAAUUGGGAAGCAAAACCGAAUAAGUUUUUCUUGAACGUGGAAUCAACCGGCGCACUUAAGCCAGAAAAUAUCGUUUUGAUGGGUGUGAAAGCUCUCAAGAACAAACUGUCCAAUUUGCAAACACAAUUAAGUCAUGAGCCACAAACUGAUGCCUUGGCCGUGGACUAACUGGCAGUGGACUAGCAAGUAACUAGUUUUUGGCAAAAUGAAGUCAAAAAAAAAGUAACGGCAAACGCAUAAUUUCCAAUAAAAUACAUAUUUUUUAUAAACAGAACAUAAGAGAAAUAAAAGUGUUAAGACAAACCAAAA